AUGUUUCCGAAAGAAACAAUAGUUAGUGAACCAAUGGCAUGCAAAAAACUGGCUGAAUUCUCAGCUGCUUUAAACACGAUAAAUCUACUCUAUAUGGCUGGCGAAAUGGACACGAAAUUAGAGUUGACUACUAAUAAUAGUCGAAGAAAUAUUCAUCAUAUGCAUUCAGUAAACAAUGCCAGUCAAAGCUAUCAAAAUUCAAUGAAAUCUGUACAAUUAUCAGUAUCAGCAUCAGCAUCAUAG